AUGGAAUGGCACCACGUACUGGUCAGCCAGCUAGGCUUUGACUCCUGCCCCGUCACCUUGGGAGAGUACGUCUCCACGACAGGGUCUACCUUGACGAAGGAAACGCUCUACCCGGCCCUACACACCAUGAUACAAAAGCACGGUGCGCUAGGCAUGCAGAUCCUUCCCGGAACCACGAUCAAAGCUGUCCCGAAAUACGUACGCCUGCACGAAAUUGACCUGGACGCUGCAGUGGAGUUUCUCCAGGACGACUCGGUUUCGAAAGACGACUUGCUAAGCUCGCAGCUCGAACGCCCUUUUACGCUUGGGACGAAUGCACCGCUGUGGCGUGUGACGGUCGUCAAUGGCCGCAUCGUCGUGUUCGCGAUCCACCAUGGCCUCGCGGACGGCCAGAGCGUUCGUGCUCUGCACGCUGCGCUGUGGUCCGCACUCAACAGCGUUAGCGCCGACGAAGAGGGCUAUGGCAGCAAGGUCACCAUCUCUGCGAAUUCCUCCAUCGUGGAUUCCGCCGAGGCGUACACGGACAUCUCGAUCUCCCUUUCGGGCUUUAUAUUCCUACUCCGCACACUAUUCACCCCGAAGAAGCUGCAAGAAGGCGCCACAGCAUGGACGGGCAACCCAGUACCGAAGGCUCCUAUACUCGAUAUAGCCGUACGGUGCCGGCAGAUACCCGCAGAACAGAUGGCGGAAAUCCUGAAGCGCUGUCGCGAUCACAAGACGACGGUCACUCCCUUUCUGCACGUACUCCUUGCCGGCGUGCUUUCCCGACUCCUGGUCGAACGCAAGCUCAACAAGAAGCUCAAGACCAUCGCUGUCACGACGCCUGUUUCGCUGCGCCGCUUCACGGGCGUAUCUGACUUCGAGCUGUGCGACCACGUCUCGAUAGCCUAUCAUUUCUUUCCCAUUGCUCCAUUUGGAGUCAACGAACCCUUCCCAUGGGACGCUGCGCGCAAGCUCGGCAAGGAUCUACACGAAAGUCUACCGAAAACGCGUGAGCUUUUUGGCGUACUACGCAUCAUGCUGCGCCGUGGCGUCGCCGACACCCAUUGGACGGAGAUGCUGGGUAAGAAGCGAGGGGCUGGCCUGAUCCAGUCUAAUCUCGGAAGGUUCCCUAUGGAUGAGGCCCAGAAAGCGGAUGACGCCAAGUGGAGAUUGGAGGGUGUGUAUUUUGCGCAAAGCGACGUCGUGACAGGGUGUGCGAUAAAGGUCAACUUGACUGGUUCGCCGGAGGGAUCAACGAAUAUCACGUUUUCAUGGGGAAAGGGUGCGGUAGACGAGGACUUGGCAGAGACUUUCAUCAAGGAGGUGGAGGCUACACUGGACAGGGUUCUUCGGUAG